AAUAAACCGUCAUCAAUUAAUCGAGGAGACAACGAAGAGUGUUAGACCGCUUGUACUCUUGGCAGGGGCAGAAAUGUACAGUAUAGUGUUGCAUUUUCACGAGCGCGGCUGAGUCGGCUCACACACCCCGACUAGUUGACUGGAUUGAAAACAUGGCUGCGGCCGAACGUGCAGCAAAUUUACGGAAGUGAGGUGCCCACAUUCUGCUGCAGAGGAGAGAGCACCAGGAUGAGGAGACUGUAGGCACCCGCCGUAGUAUGGCCGCGUCCCGUUCCUCGCGUGUCACAAGGUCGUCAGUGGGGCUCAAUGGAUUGGAUGAGAACUUUUGUGGUCGAACCCUCAGGAACCGCAGCAUCGCCCAGCCGGAGGAGACCUCGGUGCCUCCGCUACCAAGGGCCCGCUCGCCCAAGAAAAAGCAGGAGUCGAAGCAGGACGGCAAACAGGAGUCGAAGCAGGAGUCGAAGCAGGAGUCGAAGCAGGAGUCGAAGCAGGACGUCAAGCAGGAGUCGAAACAGGACGUCAAGCAGGAGGCGAAACAGGACGUCAAGCAGGAGGCGAAACAGGACGUCAAGCCGGAGGCGAAACAGGACACCAAACAAGACGUUAAGCAGGAUGCCAAACAGGACUCAAAGCAGGACACCAAGCAUGAUACAAAGCAGGUCACUCAGCAGGAUGACCAGCAGCAGGCCUCGUUGCAGGGAAAGAUAACUGACUCAAAUGCUUCUCCAGCUGAGACGGAGCAAUGGACCAGCUCCAGGAAGCGGGGCGUGUCCUGUUUAGAAAAAGACAUUAGUCCUGAGAAGUCGGAGAACUGUGAUAGAGGGAAGGGGGCGCGGGAUGCCUGUUCUCAAAUCAAAAGGGCCAAGCGGUGCUCCCGCUCUGGAGAGUCUCAGGGACACGAAGAGGACCCUGAGCCUCUGAAAUCUGAAAGUCCAAUCUCUGUCCCAGAGUCUAGCAAGGACAACAGUUGUGAGGAAUUUCCCAGCCAAAACUCUGCUAACACAGCUCCUGCCUCACCUGUCCACAGUAAAGAGGGAGGUGAGCUGACAGGGGGGAAGGCAGAGGAUGGUCAUGUGGAGUGUGACGGGGCUGCUCAGCCCCCGAAUUCUCACAAGGCCUCUAAUGGACUCGGAGAGACUAAAGCAGAGGAGCCUUGCACACUCACUGAAGAGCCUAGUGCAAACCCUAACUCUACCACCAGCUGCCCAUCGCUGCUUAACGGUAGUCAAACGGGGGCUCCAUCAUCCCCUAAUCCCGCUGUGCCUUGUAGAAACUCUGUCCCUCUGCAGAUGGAGGUCUCUGGCUCAGGGGAAUCGCCAGCCUCAUCUGCGCCGACAUUUGAGGCUGUUCCAGAGGAUCCUGUCCCUGAGUUGAUAGUGGCUCAGGAGCAGGAGGUGGAGGUGGAGGAGGUGGAGGUGGACGUGGUGGGUGACCUGUUGUGUCUCGACCACGAGGAGCAGGUGACGGCGAGUGAGAACGACACCAACGGCCGGCCGUUUACACCAGUGCAGGAAGCUGCGGCCUCCACCUCCACCAUUACCACCAACAUGAACAGUAGUCCAAUCAACAGCAACUCAGGAGAAACUACACCCCCACUAGCAACAACCCCCUCCCCCACAGAGCCAGGGAGCAACCCCUCAAUAUCCAGCACGCCCCCCUCUUUCACAGAGCUCUAUGAACACAGAUACACCCUGCGGACUUCACCUCGGAGGGCUGCCACUGGUGGCAAGGCCUCCUCCUCCAAGCUCAGCUCUCCUUCCAGAGACAAUGGUCCCUUGAGUGAAGAGGGGGAGGUGGUGGUGGAGCCGCAGGAGGACUGUCCUGUGGUGGAGGAACCUGCUCCCUCAGACUCUGUUGGCCCCUCCUGUGAAGAGCCGGUCUCCUUGGAUCCUGGAGACCGGGCAGCUGGUGAGGACAGUGUCCCUGUGGUGGGCAUAGAGGCCGAGCAAAGCAAGGAGCUGACGCGGAGCCAGGCUGCAGAGGAGGAGGAGGAGGAAGAGGAGGAGCCAGACGUGUAUUACUUUGAAUCAGACCACCUGGCUCUUAAACACAACAAAGAUUAUCAGAGGCUGCUGCAGACCAUUGGAGUUCUCGAGGCCCAGCGCACGCAGGCCAUCCUGGACCUGGAGACGUUAGCGCGUCACCAGAGGGAGGCACUCGGCGAUCCCAUCACCUUCGUGGAGCAGCUGCAGAAACGGGUUUCGUUGGGCUUGCCGCGGCCCCAGCGAGUCGUGCAGCUCCCUGCCAUCGGAUGGGAGCAGUACACCUCCGGCCUCAGUGACUUUGAGAGAGAGUUCUGCGACAAGAAACGCAAAACCAGGCGGCUGAAGCUGAUCUUUGACCAAGGUUUGCCUGCUCGACCAAAAAGUCCCGUGGAGCCCAAGAAGGAAGGCGAGUCGUCCACCAUGUACUGCUCUCUGCCCACUAGUGACGCUCUAGAGAACAGCAGGCAAGCGCAGAUGAUCAGGGGGAGGAUUUGUCAGCCAAACAAGUCUGACACGUUCAACCAGCUGUGGACUGUGGAGGAGCAGAAAAAACUGGAGCAGCUUCUUCUUAAGUUCCCUCCCGAGGAAGUGGAGUCCAGAAGAUGGCAGAAGAUUGCCGAUGAGCUCGGCAAUCGAACGGCAAAACAGGUUGCCAGUAGAGUUCAAAAGUACUUCAUCAAACUGACAAAAGCUGGUAUCCCUGUGCCUGGACGAACACCCAACCUGUGCAUGUACACUAAAAAGGCAUCCAGCAAGAGGCAGCACCACCUCAACAAACACCUGUACCGGCCGUCUACUUUCCUGACCUCCUAUGAGCCUCCGGUCUACAUGGAUGAAGAAGACGAGCGCUCGGCGUAUUACGGCAGCGUGCAGGACCCCUCUGCUGACGACUCGGAUGAAGAGACUAUUCCUUUGGAGUUGAGAAAUUUGCCGGAGUACAAAGAGCUUUUAGAGCUGAAGCGACUGAAGAAACAGACUCUGCAGGAGAUCCACGAGGACAAGGCCGGGAUGCAGCACGUAGGCUUCAAGUGUGACGUCUGCGGCAUUGACCCUAUCCAGGGAGUGCGGUGGCACUGUCAGGACUGUCCGCAGGACAACUCGGUCGAUUUCUGCUCCAACUGCUCCGACUGCUUAUUCAAGACGGAGACCCACAAGCCUAACCACCACUUGGAGCCGGUGCAGCAACCAGACUCGUUUCUGGACAGGGACUACUGCCUGCCGCAGAGCACAGGCUACAACUACCUGGACCCGAACUACUUUCCAGCCAACAGAUGACAGGGUCCCAGGCGCCUCUAGCUCCAGGCUCUCUCCACAUAUCCCACAGGCCACUCUGUGCAUGGCUCCAUCCUCCAAGUCUAAGAUAACCGCUUAACCCGCCGCCAGGCAGGAAGGACAGCAGGCAGGCAGACAGGGGGGGAGGGGGGGGGACUGUUGGUAAACUGGCCUCCCUGACUCAAGCAAAGGGCGGCCAUGUUGGUUCCUCAGAACAACGGGGCCCUGCUCCACCUCAGCCAGGUUAAUCAAUGGAUCUGUGAUUUGAAUCGAUACACUAUUUAAACAAAAAGAAAAGGCAAGAAGGCACACCGACAUUCCCGAGCUCUGUGACUCCUGGGGGGCUUUCCCCUUUCCCCUCAUCGCCCUCCACUUCACCUCCCUGUGCUGCUUCGACUCUGGACAUCAGUUUGGUGAAGCGCCACUUAAUGGAGAUGUGUGGUCGUAGUGGACUGUGAAGCCAUCAGCUGAGAUACACAUCGGUGGUUUGUAUGUAUGUGUGUGUGCGCGUGUGUGCGUGUGUGUGUGCGUGUGCGUGUGUGUGUGUGUGUGUGUGUGUGUGUGUGUGUGUGUGUGUGUGUGUGUGUGUGGUCUCCGUGUUAUGCGAGAGUGAAAAAUGUUCUAGCUAGGUAUCCGUAGAGUGAGUAUUUAUGAGUCGCAGCUUCUUCAGCGGGAGUUGCCGCGAGAGAAGUUUGGCGGUGACGCAGAUGUCUGUUUUGUUUUUUGGCCGCAGUCUGUAGUAAGUUCUGCUGGUCCACACGACGCUGUGCACACAGACCUGUAUGUGUUAAACGGACCGGGGCGCCAUGUGUCAGCAUGGAGCCAUCCCCUACCACUGUCGCACUACGCUGCUCUCACCUUUCAAACACACACACUGGCACACACACCUCCAUCUCUAGAGUCUGUCCCUUUGCUCUCUCCACUAAAACAUGUCUAACAAGGAAGCACUACAGCACGGAGAGCGAGUGCGUUUGAAGGCAGGCGAAUGGGAACGUAUGGAAAGUUUUUUCUUUUCCGUUUUUUCUUUUCCUCCUCCCCCAAUGUGUGCCGUCAUGUUGAGUGUACAAGUAUAUGGUGAAAAGUAGCCGGCGCUAGUUGCUGUGUGCCAUUUUUAAAAGAGAAUUUUUUGUCUUCCUGUUUUUCUUUUGGGAGGGAUUCCACCUCUGAACCCGGCAACAACUCCUCCCUUCCUGCGUGGCACCAUCGCCCCCCCCCCCCACAUUGUCCCACGUUAUCGAUCCAGUCAUCACGCCUCUAGAUCUUCUUUAAUUUUGCAGUCCACUUUAAAAGGUCCAUUUAAAAGAUUGUAUUUUUAUUAAUCUAUUUAAAAAAAAGAAAGAAGAAAAAACAAGAAUUGAGGUCGUGGUCGGCGCCGCCGCGGUGGAACAACCCACACAGUUUUAUACACAUAGAUUUUGUUGUGCUUGAGUAGACACCAUUUUGUAUGGUUUUCGUCUCCUUCCCUCACCCCCUUUGCCUACUUCAAUAUCUGUGUAUAACAGUCUGUUCUUAUGUAAAAAAAAUAAUAAUAAUGUAAAAAAAAAAAUGCUAGAGGAGAACCGUGGAAAUAAAAGUAUGUGAAAAUAGUGUUUCUACA